GCCAAAUGUUUGGUCAAGUUAAACAUUAUUGUUCAAUUUGCAACAUAUAAAAGAAAACUUCACGAUCAAGGGGAGUUGAAGGAGGGGAGAACACCCUCUUUAUGAAUAUUCGGACAGCACUUGAACGCGGCGUCAGACUGCACUGCAUACGCGCCGUGGCGGAGUGCGAAGAUGGCGGAGAAUAAUGUCGAACCAGAGCACGAAUGGAGCGACCGGGCCCUAGAUGCGGCCGAUGACACUCUGGUUGCAAUGGAAACCCUGCUGGCCACACUGAGAGCCUUUGAAGACGUACUCAGGCAACAGGAAAUAUCCAUAGCAUCUUCCACGGAGUACUGCGACAACUUCUGUCAGGCACUGAUGCACUAUGCUGGGAGCAGGAACUCCAUGGAACAUGGUCUGCCUCUUCUCGAGGUCUACUGUCUGUCCAUUAACUGUUUUGCCGCGGCCCGAUCUCACCUCACCGCAGAGUCGGACCGAGUGGCCCUUGUUCUGAAGAGACUAGCUUUGAGCUGUUUUGAGCUGCUGCUGUCAGUGCCUGAGAAUGAAAUCCCAUAUCAAGCCUGGGUUCAGUUCCACCACUCUGUUCAGAUUGCCCAUGAUACCUUGCUACAGUACGGAAGCACAGACCUCCAAGCUUUACUCCAGAUCACGGGAGAGGGAGGAGCCUGGAGCAACCCCGUCCUUACAUCUCUCCUCACCGGUCAGCCAACCAACCCACAAGAAGUUGAUGCAUACAUCAGCUUGGAGGGCGAGGGCUUCAUGGAGAUGCGGGUCAAGCACCUGGAGAAGAUGGGCGAAGUGGCCAAGGCGGUGGUGCUGGCCAAAGCUUGCACCGAAUGCAGCGUCAUCUCCAACCAAGCUACCUUCCGUCAAACAUUUGUCUCCCUGCUUUGUCACCUGCUGCCCAACGAAGAGGCCAUCAUGGAGAUAUCCAGACUCGACUGCAAGGAUGUGCUGGAGAUCACGUGUAAUUUGGAGACUGAGGGGGAGGAGAACACCGCCUUCAUCUUGUGCACAACUUUCCUGACACAGCAGCUUCAGCAGCAGAGCCUUUACUGCUCCUGGGAGUUGACUCUGUUGUGGAGUAAGCUUCAGAAGAGGAUCGACCCCUCGUCGAUGUCUCUUCUGGAACGGUGCCUUCAGCUAGGUGCUAUUGCCAAAACCGUGCACCAUUUGCUUUGCCUGGUCCGUGUCAUUCAGACUGAGACGGAGGAAAUAGGGGUACCUGCCUCAGUAGAACUUUGCGUCAAGGCCCUUCAACUUCCAAAGCAGGACGACUCUGAAUCGAGGAUCUCUGUCUGUAAGUCUGUGUCCUGCCUACUUCCACGGGACCUCGAAGUAUCGCGAGCCUGCCUACUCACAGAGUUCCUGAUUGGCCCCAGCCAGGACAUCUUUGGGUCCCUUCGGGAGCUAUACCUACGCCCAGACCAGAAGUAUGACCAGGAAAAUGAGAUCAUUCCCAACUCACUACGCUGCGAGCUGCUCCUAGCUCUGAAAGCAUACUGGCCCUUUGACCCCGAAUUCUGGGACUGGAAAACUCUAAAGUAUCACUGCAUCUCCCUUCUGGGGUUGAUGUCACAGUCCGAGGGAGAAGAAGAAGAAGAAGAAGGAGAGGAAGAAGAAGUUGUAGACAAAAAAGACACUGGUAAACAACACAACCCACGGGGAAUCACAGUGAAAGUAGAAUCUGAGUAUGAAAGGUCGAUGAAUGGAAGUGUCGAUGGUCACGAGCAGCUUGAGGAAACGCAGUCUUCCGAGUUGGCAGACAUUCCAGGUGAUUCAGAGACAAAGAAGCCCAGGUUCUGCUGUCAGAUAUGCAAGCGAUCGAUCGCUGACACCCAAAUCGUUCACCACUCCAAAAGGCACGCAGGGGACGACAGCCACCCCUGCCCCCUCUGCCUCGUGAACUUUAAGAGAAGGAGGGAUCUCGUUCCUCAUCUGAAGGACCAUGUGCAGAGCGAAACGCACGAGAACAGCGUGAAGAAGGAGGACGGUCAGAGGCGGCCGGAUGAGGACGACGAUAUUGAACCCGGUGAGAUCACCGUUGACCCUUCCUUAAUGCAGUAUUAUGAAUCCACGCAUGAUCCAGACGUGCUGCACCACAUCGUGCAACAAGCCAAAACCGUGAAGGAGAACAACGUGGACAAUGACGAGCACGUGACGUUCGAAUACAUCGACCAACACUUCAGUGUGCAGAACCGGGAGGAGUACCCGUGUCCAGGAACCGGGUGCCCUCGGACUUUUAAGCAUUCCAAGUACUUGUACGUGCAUUUGAAGUCGGAGCACAAAGGCGACGACAAUGUGAAACAUUUCCAUCAGGUGAGGGACAUGCGGGAGAAGUGUGUUUUUUGUAGACGGCAUUUUGUCUCCGCCUACCAUCACCGCAAACAUCGAAGAGUUCACUACGGGGAUCGGCCUUACACGUGCGUGAUCAUGGGUUGCGGCGCUCAGUUUAAGACUUCCAAUGAACUUGUCACGCACAAGCACACCCAUGGCUACCACCUCCACUACCAGUGUGAGCUCAAAGACUGUUACGUCACCUACUCCGACCUGGGGCAGAUCUAUCACCACGAGGCGCAGCAUUUCAGAGACGCAGCGUUUACCUGCUCCAGCGCCAAAUGUGGCAAAUACUAUUUGUCCAAAAAGGAAUUCAUGAAACAUUUAUCCACACACAACAUCACCUUCUCCGAGGAAGACUUUGAGGCACAGAGGAAGGCAAAGCGGAAACUCCUCAAGGCGGUUACUGAAGCCACGGUCCACUCUAAUAAGCCAGAUGCAGAAGUGGCGGUAAAGGUCGAAACCCCGAGCGCUUCUGCAGUAAGUUGUGCCUCCUCUCUGCCGGCGCCUCAAAGCAACGAGCCCAAAGACGCAGGAAAUGACGGCAAGGAGCCCAAAACCACGGUGACCUUGGUCGCUGUGUGCUUUGAUGGGAGUAAGUUCACCUGUGGGUUUGAGAAGUGCGGCAUGACUUUCUCCAGAGCCAGAGACGUCCAGAGGCAUCUGAAAUGCGCCCACCCAGAACACCUUAAACUGGAGAACAAAGAGCACAAACACGACAAAGAGCGCUUCUCAAAGUCCAAAGGGGCAAAGGCUAAAACGGAGCCAGACAGUAAGCAGAGGGGAAGGGAGGAGGACACGAUUCCACCUCAACCCACGGAGGCCGACAAAGAAAGAAAAGAAAGCAACGACACAAACUCUUUGUGCCUUCAGGCUGAAAAAGAUGUCCUGACUGAAAUUCUCGUUGGGCUCGGCAAGCUGGACCUGAACUCCCCAUCGCCUGGCAGUCCGAAAAGCGAGGCGCCUCAGUCCAACCCAGAGUCCCCUGCAUCGGAAAUCUCUCCGGCAACCAUGGCGAGGCCCCCUGUGGUGCUGAUUCAGCAGAAGUCCCACCCUGAGGAAAAAGUGACAGUCCAAAUGGAAACGGCCACAGCCGCCGAUGGAGAAGGCAGCGGUGAACCAUUAGCCGCCGCUAAGCCCUACGUCUGCGAGAUGAAAGGUUGCGACUUUAGGACCGCUCAGAGCUACAGCUUACGGCGACACUACAACACCAAACACGGCCGCACGGUCGAGCAGGCCAAGCGGCUGACUUCUUUGAGCACAACGUAUUUCAAGCCUUAUGUGUGCCAGAUUUGUUCCAAGAGUGUCAGAGAGAAAAAUGCUUUGAGGACCCACUAUAUUCAGAAACAUAAACUAAGUGAGACUCUGGUGGAAAAAAUAAGCUGUACAUCAACAUGGUUUGAGGGCAAAAAAGACCCUAAAAAAACUGCACCUCAGCACUUGAAAGUAUGGAAGAAAGACGUCCCCAAGCUGCACAGCCAAGAGGGAAAAGGCCCGUCCCGGGUUAGCGAAAAUGGACAAAACUUGGACAAUCAUUCUCCCUCUGAGGAGGAAGGCGAGGAGGAAUCAGAGGGAAAGGAGAGAGACGACGAGCAGAGGGGAAAAAGUGAGGACUCGACCACACAACAGGUCCGAACCACCAGACGCCUGGUAGCCAAAGGUAAUCUCUGCUACAUACUGGACAAAUUCAGUAAACCCUUCCAUUGUGUGGCAAAAAACUGCGACGCUGCUUUUUCCACCCAGGGGGGCCUGGUACGCCACCUCCAGCUGAUCCACCAUUACAAUCGCUCUCAGCUCCUGCUAGAAAAGGACAUCGACGCGAAUCCCAGUCUGGAAGCCCGAAAGGAGCCUGCCAAGAAGAGGCCUCCCCCGAACUCUGAUGAACCUCAGCCCCAGUACAAGUGUCACUUUGCCAACUGCCACGCUUCCUACCACCUAAAAAGCAGCUUAGUGCGUCACACUCGCGAUUCGCACUCCCAGCCGCCAGAGCCCAUAAGGUGCGAUUUCGAAGGCUGCACGAGGGCGUUCAGCCACGACAGUGCGCUUAAAAAACACACACUCUAUAGUCACUGCGAGUACUACGACUCGCUGGUGGUGCGUCUGCAGAGCACUCACAAAAAGUCCAUCAGCGGAUGCCAAAAGAAGCUCAUCGUCGCCCCACAGAGUCCUCAGAGAGAAGAGCCCGCUUCUGACGCCUCACGGGCGGGGGGAUCUAGUCCGCCCGCCGACGGGACUCCUCGGUCAGAGGAGGACGGGGAGAAGGUGGUGGAGAAGGAGGAGGGCGGCGAGGAGGAAAAGGCGGAGGUGACGUCGGCGGAGAAAGUGCCGAAAGAGACGAGAACUUACAGCCGUUACGUCUUCAGAUCUCACGAAGAAGCGCUGCAGAUGUGCCAGGAUCGCUGUAUGCGCGCUGCCUACCCGUGCAUGGUCCAGGAUUGCGACUCGGUGGUCACGUACUUGAAGAGCUUGCACCGGCACUACCUGAGGGUUCACGGCAUGCGGCCCCUCGAGCUUUCCAGACAUAAAGAGGAGCUGGUCUUCAACGCCGAGCAGCUGGAGGAAUUGAUUCAGAGGAAGUCCGCCAGGCCACCGGCCCCAGGAGCGUGUUCCCCGAGUGGAGUCCACAAAAUGGAGUAUCAGGCGGAGCCGGAAAACCCGGGCGGGCUGCCAUCCCCCGUGAGCUUACACCCCGUCAAGGCAGACGCACAAGAGGAGGCUAAUUGUGAUCCACAGGGGUUCCCCCAGGUGCAGGAGGAGGAGGAAAAAGGAGAGGAGACGACGACGACGCUGCUGCCGCCGCCCGUGGAGACAAAUGGCGUCCUCGUUGGCGCGGACGAGGUGCUGUACGGCGAGCCGAGCACAGGCGGGGACCCCGAGGACACUUCCGCAGCCACGCUGAGCAGCCAGAAACCAGAGGAGAGACUAAGCUUGGAUAAGAUCAAACCGCUCCUCCGUCCCCUCACUGUUGACCUCUCUCCGCCGUGCUCGCUGCGCUUUACCCCCGAGGACGUCGUCCAAGACGGCGGCAAGGCGUCGAGCUGCUCGGCCCCGCCGCCACCGAUGCCCCCGCCGCCCCCUCCUGUCCGGCAGCCGUUAAAACGGAAAAACGAGUUGUCCGAACCGCCUUCGAACCUGAAGGAGCCUCUGCCUCGCAGCCCUGCCAACAUCACCGCCUACAAGCCGACCGGCUUCGAGUCCUCAUUCCUGAAGUUCAUACAGGAGACGAGCUCGAAGGACAAAGGCGCGGCGGCGGUCAGGCGGCGGGACUCGUUCAGACGCAGUUGUUCCGUCAAGGAGAACAACCAGCUGGGAGUCUCCCACACCCGCAGCAGGCGCACCCAUUCCCUCUUGCUGAAGCCUCACACUAUAACCGGCGACGUCACAUCGAUCCAAAACUUGAAGUCCAUCUUGGACAAAGCGCUGGCGGGGUGCGGGGACCUGGCCAUCAAGCAGCUUCAGUACCUCAGACCCGUGGUGGUCCUGGGGAGGCCAGUGUGCAGCGCCACCCUGCCCGACCUCUUCCCGUCGGACAGCAACAGCAGCAAGCUGCUUCUUGGAAGUUAGUUGAACUGAGCACCUUUUAACAUAUGACAAAUUGCUUUGUAUUUUCACAUUCUCUACCAGUAAUUAUAUUUCUCCCAAAAAUAUUAGUAUUGGCUAUUUUUUCUUUUUUUUUUUAAGUUGUCAAAUUUAGUGCUAAUAACAUUUAUAUAAUUAUAUUAAGAUAACAAGCUUCAACAGUGCACAUUUUUAGAAAUGUUAUAUGAAAGCAUUCAAAUAACACCUGUUGUUAUAAUAACUCACUAUGAAAGUGUAUAUACUGUAGUUAUUCAUGAUGUACAGAUUUUCAGAUCGUUAGAAUUGUUGAGUAGUGUAUUGCAAGGCCUUCUCAGUUGUGUGAAAAUGUGACUAAAACAGACACUUCCUGAUUAAAAAAAUGACUCAUGGAAUAUGUUUGAAUAUUUUUCACUUAAGUUUGUAUUAAAUCAGUGUUUGGAUGCAGCGGACAGAUAAUGGCAGACAUGUAUCUGACACGUUUUAAUGAAUUACAUGUUGAAAAAUAGUCCUUUACUCUUAUGUAAGUAACUUGUUUUGUAUACAAAGUAAUUAUGAAAUUGUAGCAUAGGAGCUGUUUGCUAAAUUGAAAAUACACUCAAGUAAUUUAAAAUA